AUGGGUAGUAAUAGAGAUUCAUUUUUUGAUGAUGGUGUUGCCAGUGGUGAAAGACGCUCAGAAGAAGAUCAAACACCUUCAGUUCCAGCUACAAGAAAACAUCUAUCAGAUGAUAUUAAAACUACUGAAAUACUGGAAGAUCCAAUUACCGUACCACAUUCAUCAUUACGACGUUCACCGUCGUCACGUGCAUCAUCAUCAUCAUCAUCAUCACAAUGA